CUUCCUGAGAAAUCGAAAGUGUUUCGCAGUGACGCAGCCUGAAGUGGUUACAUGUCUGUUAGAGUCGUAACAGUGAAGUUUAAUGAUGUUUAAUCUUCAGAUGUCUUCUACAAACAUGAAGCUUCUUCCUCUCGCGUGUCUCUGUCUCCUGACUCGGUCUGGAACAACGUUGGCUGAUGAACAAAGUCCAGUGAUCAUCGAAGUGAAAGAAGACAGUGAUGUUAUUUUACCCUGUUUCCUCAGCACCAAGGAGAACAUUGAGUACAAACUCUUUGACUGGAAGAAAGAUGGUCAGAAGGAGGUUUUCCUUUAUGAAGCAGGAACUCAUUACAAUAACGGCCGUCCAGGUCAAGAUGAGCAGUUCAAAGGUCGCGUCUCACAUUUUCCAGAUGAGCUGAAGUACGGCAACGCCUCCAUCAUCAUCAGAAAUACGAAGGUGACUGACAGUGGAAACUACACCUGUGAUUUUCCACUUCUUCAGCCAAGACAGAUAUUCAACAUUCAGCUUGUUGUUGAUCGUAUCUUAAAGGACAGAUCAGCUGAAAACAUUGCAGGAGCAUCUCCAGAGCCGUCUGUCAAGAUACUUUAUCAAACAAAGGACUGGGUCCUGCUGCAGUGUGAAGUUCUUGGUGCUUCUUCAAAACCUACAGUAGAGUGGCAGGACAGUGCUGGAAACAAACUUCCUGCUGAGGAGCCACAGGUCUCAGAAAGAGGAGGCAGCUUCUACAUCAUCCUCCAAACUACUGUGAUGAAGACCGACCGCUAUUGCUGUGUAGCCACACAGGAGGAGAUCAGACAUCAGAUUUAUACUGAGAUCUACGUGAAGGUCAAUGAACCCCCACAAUUAUGAGAUGGCACUCUUUUACAGAGCAAUGGCAUCAAAGACAAUACAUCAGGUCAAGAAGAUCACGUCUCACAUUUUCCAGAUAAAGUGUAGCACGGCCCCCAUCAUGAUCUGUAAUACUUAUAAUUAUAUAAAUAUUUUACACUGCAGAUAUUAGACUAGCAGCUAGCGGACUUUUCCAUAUUAAAUAUUAUUCAUACUCGUGCUAAACCAGGUGUGUUACCUGUUCCGUGUUUGUAAAAUAUCCACUGCUUCUUCUAACAUAACACUUGAUUUAUACUUUUCUUAUUUACUGGUCGUUUAAGUCGCUGCAUCUAUUGACAGAACAGAGUUAUGUAACGUAACAGGUUGGGCUGCAGCGAUCGAUUCACUUUAGUAAUCGAGUAUUUUACAGAUUAUUUAACCGAUUAAUCGAGUAAUCAGCGCUGCCUUCAUGCU